AACUACGUGUCCCGUGAAUUGGCUGAUGACUCCGAUGAUGACCGUCGCAUCACGAGGGCCGCGAACAAGGCCAUCAAGAAAAUCAAGGCCAAAAACGCACGUAAUGCACGUGCGCGUCCUUAUAGGUAUGGACCACGGCCCAUUCCAGCGUCAACAGCGGUCAACGACAGCACGCACGGUCAGUCUGCUGUUGGUGAUUCUCAGCUUUUUCGUGCCCGUGGAGGUCAGAGGUCAACAGGGGCCUGCUUUCACUGCGGUGACUUCUCGCAUUGGAGACGACAUUGUCCACUCGCCAACGGCCAGACCCAGCCCAAGCUCAACUCAGACAAACAAUCAACGAGGUGAAGUCCGUCACGAAGAAGCCGGGACAAAAGAUGUGUUUACUCGUGCUUAUGUUUCUGAGUUGGAGAUGUUGCCUGGAACUGCCAGGGAUUUAGCUGACCAGAUUCCGGACUUGUUGAAUUGUGCUCGAGCUGAUUCUACUAGCAGGAAGUACCAUUACGGAUUUAAAGCGUGGCAAAGUUGCAGUAUGUGCGGUUAACAGUGUUAACCAUGAUGGCCUGUCGCCCACGACGAGGUAUGUCGCAAAAGAUGGAGGCUUGUCGCCCUGAGAAUGUCGCAAACAUGGAGGCUUGUCGUGCAGAGAAAUUAAUGCCUGUAGCAUGUUAACAGCAGAUCGUUGCUCAUGAUAUUUUAUUAUCACUGAUUAUGGCUUGUUGCCUUUUGUAGGGCUCGUUGCCACGUAUAUUUGAAGCUCGUCGCGUUAAUCAAGACUAGUCGUCAGUAUUUGUAUAUUGUCAAUUUAUUCAAUGUCAUAUGUUAGAUAUUGUGUAUAUCAUGGAUGUCAAAUGACUGAGAUAUAUGUAAAUGUGAUAUUAAUGUUGAAUUAAACGGUGAGUUGUGGUGCACUGCAUAGCAAUCCAGAAAGUGUUCUGUUAUUUGUUGUAUUGGAAGGUGAUAUA